GAUUACUGUUGUCGAUUGCGUAUGCUUCUUAUUUCAAUCAGUACGCGCAAUUGUGGCAUCCAUCUUGUUUGAAAAUUGUUUGUGAAAAAAGUGGAACUUGUGCAAAAUGGACUUAAAUCAUAGCACGUAUACCAUGGAGUUCUUCAAUUUUACUCCCGAACAAAUUUCUGCCGAACGCGACCACUUGGUAAAGUCGCUUAUUAAGCGAGCUGUUGAUUUGACCGUCAAGAAGAUAGAAAGCCCCGCCACAUCUGAGGUGCUGGCGCAGCAGAAAGACACUGUAAUGCGUCUCAUGCAAGAAGGUUGUCAAUCGAAGCUCGAUCAACUAGGUGAGAUGGACAAGCAGAUAUUUAAUGUGCCGCCGCAUGUCCUACUCAUCAAAGACUUCGAACUGGAAAAGCAGUUUUCCAGCGAGGAAGAGGAAGCAAGGGCCGCACGGUUGGAAGAACUAAAAGAGCGAUAUCGUGAAAACAUGGCUACGCUGGCCGAACUGCAUGCAGAGGAAGAAAAAUACACAGCUCUUCAACCGCAUAUCGAAAGGGAGCUGGAAAUGCAUCAACGACUCUACGACGCUUGCGAUUAUCCUGGUUUCAAGAAUAUUUACGAAUUUGGAAAUCAUCUUUUCGGAGAUGCUGAUUUUCAAUAA